GUUUGGAAGACCUUGAGCAUUCUAUGUAAUAUUCAAUGUUUAUUAUCAAUAUGAAAUCACAGAACAAAAUGAAAUGUUUUGUUGUUCUUCUUUCAUUUUGCAUUGGAAACUCACUGUGUAAAAUUGAAAUGGAAACAAAGAAAACUGGUGAUGAUACAUCGGAAAACUCACAAAAAUUGACCGACGAAGCAGAAAAUUUGCAUAGUUUUGUCAAAUCUCCACCCUCACAUAAGUUGAAAUCAGAUCCAGAUGUUUCAUAUGAUAACAAUGAUGAUGAUUCUGAACUACACGAUGAUUCAGAACCCGAUGAACCCGAAAAUUUCAAAGCAAGCUCUUAUCGACCUGAUGAUAUCAACCCAGACGAAUAUGAAAUUAUUUCUCCUGGUAUAGAAGAAAUGUUUUUGAAAGAGGAAAAAGAUGUUGAAAAUAUCAAACGUAGUAGGCCUAUAGAAGGAUCCAAUAUACCAAAACCUGUCAAGGAGCAGCAUAAUCAAAUCCCAGCGCCUGUUAAAACUACCACUGAAAUUAAUCAAAAAGAGGUUCCCACCGAGAUAUCAUCUGUUGAAGAGAAAGACGAUGAAAGUGAAGGAAUGUACAUUAAGGAGAAAGAGGAAUUGAAAGAAGCAAUCAGUCAUGAGUUAGGUUUUGAUGGUUCGAAAAAUAAACCAGCAGCAUCCAAAAUUGACCCUGGUGCAAAAAAGGUUAAUUCUGAUGGAUUGCCAUUCUCUAAUAACUUCGACAAAACAGGAACUUCUUAUGUACAUGAAAAGCAACAAGAUAUAGACCCAGAACCCAUUCCCCUUCCACUUACUGAGGAGGAAAUCAAAAUGGAGACUUUAUACAAUGAGGGAUUGAAAAAAGUGAAUUCUUCUCAUCAUUAUAAUACAAUUUAUGAUGGUUAUCAGCAAUUGCUAGAAGCAGCUAAAAUGGGUCACAGUAAAUCUAAAGUUGAGAUUGCUUUUGCUGAAAUGCAUGGUCGAUAUUUGCCUAUGAAUAUUGAAAAGGCAAAAAGAACUUUUGAGUCCGAAGCAGAGAAGGGAUCCCCUCAAGCACAAGCGGGACUUGCUUUUUUAUAUGGUACUGGUGUUCACACCAAUUCAAGUCAAGCUAAAGCAUUGAUCUAUCUUACUUUUUCUGCCCUUGGUAGCGAUACCAUGGGACAAAUGAUGCUUGGUUACAGAUACUGGACAGGUAUUGGGGUAUCAAGAAAUUGUGAGAGCGCUCUGUCAUAUUAUCGCAAAGUUGCAAAUGAAGUUGCUUCUGGUGUCACUAUGAGUGGAGGUGUAAUGAUACAUAGGAUAAGAAUACUGGAUGAAAUAGAAAAUGCUGGAACUGGAUCAGGCCGUGUCGAUGAAGAUCUUGUGCAAUAUUACCAGUUCUUAGCUGACAAAGGUGAUGUUCAAGCACAAGUAGGGCUGGGGCAACUCAAUUACCAAGGUGGAAGAGGAUUUGAACAAAAUGUAGGCAAAGCUUAUGCUUACUUUAAACUUGCUGCAGAUGCAAACAAUGCCAAUGCCCAAGCCUAUUUGGGAAAAAUGUAUGCCGAGGGGUCAAACACUGUAAAACAAAAUAAUGAGACAGCAUUAAAAUACUUUGAAAAGGCAACUGAGCAAGGCAACCCGGUUGGUCAAGCAGGCUUAGGAACCAUGCACUUACUGGGCAAAGGUGUUCCAAUGGACUACAAAAAAGCAUUCACGUACUUCCAGCUGUCUGCUGACCAGGGCUAUGUAGAAGGGCAAUUACAACUUGGCAAUAUGUAUUUUCUCGGACUUGGGGUGAAAAGAGAUUACAAGCAAGCUCUUAGAUAUUUUAAUUUGGCCUCUCAAUCUGGUCAUUUACUAGCUGUGUACAAUUUGGCCCAAAUGCAUGCUACUGGUACAGGUGUCGGUCGCCGUUGUCAUAUGGCCGUAGAAUUGUAUAAAAAUGUCUGCGAGAGAGGAAGAUGGUCAGCAUUGUUUGAUGCAGCUUAUCAUCAAUAUCAAGCUGGUAGAGUUGAUUCAGCUCUUGUUAUUUAUCUCAUGUUAGCAGAACUGGGAUACGAAGUUGCACAGAGUAACGUUGCCCAUAUUUUGGAUCAAAAGGAGUCAAAUCUUUUGCUAAAUGAAAGUUAUCCUCGUGCUCUGGUAUACUGGAACCGGGCAGCAUCACAGGGAUAUACGACAGCAAGAAUAAAGUUGGGUGACUACCACUAUUAUGGAUAUGGCACUGAAGUAGAUUUUGAAACAGCUGCUUCCCAUUACAAAGUAGCUGUUGAGCAGGGUAAAGAUGCUCAAGCUACAUUUAACCUGGGAUACAUGCAUGAACAAGGCCUGGGUUUAAAACAAGACUUUCAUCUCGCAAAGAGAUAUUAUGAUCUUGCUGCAGAGACUAGUCCUGAUGCACAAGCCCCUGUCAUGCUUGCAUUGAUGAAAGUUGGUAUAUUAUAUGGUAUUCAGUUUUUAAAACAAUUGCAAUGGACUGAAGUUGUACGAACAUAUGGUAUUCACGAUUAUAUAAGUGAUGAUUGGGAUAUUUAUGUCAUGACUGUUGUAGCGCUUCUUUUAGGUUUUGUUGUUGCUUUCCGAAGGCAGCAUGCCAUGCAGCCCCAGCAAGCACAGAGAUAAGCACAAUAUUUCGAUGGUAGUGAUGCUUUUAUACCAUUAUCUGCCGAUAAUACUGGCCAUUGUGAUGAGAUUUUUUGUUUGGUUCAUUUUCAUCAAAGACAUGGCUAACCAAAAGCUUGACUCCAAUAUACACGAAUUUCAAAUUUUCAGAAACAUUUUAUAGCAUACAUUGUCAAAAAUACAAAGAUAGAUUGAAAAUAUAUGAUAGCUUCAAUCUUGAUUAUCAUUUCAGUAUAAUCUCUCAUGAGAUCUCUUUCCAUGAGAUGGAUUGUAAGACACAUAUGGACGCAUGGUUUCUAAAAUUUACAAAAUCUUUUUUAUUCGAUUAGAAAUAGUUGAAUCACUUGGCCAGCCUCCUGCUACAAUUAGAGGUGGUGCAAAUGUCGUAAGCGCCAAAAUCGGUGAGUUGGUGAUAAUAAAACAUUUGCCUUGCCUAUUUUUCUUUAACUUAAAAUUUAUAAAAGGCAAAGUCAUAAGUAUUCACUCGAUAAUGAACUAACCAGAAGCCAAUUUGGGACAUAUUAUAAACUGUGUUAUUUAUCAGAUGCUUCUUUCAAAUCAUGUAAUGGUGUCCUGUUCUUGAAUUUGAACAAAAAAGGAAAAUGCAACGGAAUAAGAUAUUCAAGGAUAUGCGUUGAUAAUUAUGCAUGGUGCAUUGGUUGUAAUUUAUUUUUACUCUUGUUUUUUUUGCAAUAUUUUGAUUUGUAUGAAAUUGCUCUAGUUUUGUGGAAUAUACAAAGGUAUAUGGAUA